CCAAGGAGUUGGCGGCAGCCAAUGUCCGACAGCCGGAGCCCCGCACACAGGAUAAACACAGACGGAUCCUCGGAGCCAAAAGACCGCGCACUGACGGAGCUUUUCGUCCCAUUGUUUGAGACGUACGGACGCACAGCUGGUCAUUUAGAGCUGUAGGGUAAGCCAAGAUGGUGAAAGAUCCUCGGAAACCAAGGGGCAAAAUGUCCUCAUAUGCCUACUUUGUGCAAACAUGCCGAGAGGAGCAUAAGAAGAAGCAUCCUGAUGCCUCGGUCAACUUUUCAGAGUUCUCCAAGAAAUGCUCUGAGCGAUGGAAGACGAUGUCACCAAAAGAGAAAGGCAAAUUUGAAGAUAUGGCCAAACAAGACAAGGUUCGUUAUGAGAGGGAGAUGAAGAAUUACAUUCCCCCUAAGGGCCAGAAGAAAAAGCGAUUCAAGGACCCCAAUGCCCCCAAGAGACCACCCUCUGCAUUCUUCCUGUUCUGUGCAGACUUUCGCCCCAAGGUAAAAGUGGAGAACCCUGGACUUUCCAUUGGGGACACAGCAAAGAAACUGGGUGAAAUGUGGAACAGCUCAUCUGCAGAAAAUAAGCAGCCAUAUGAGAAGAAGGCGGCCAAGUUGAAGGAGAAAUAUGACAAGGAUAUCGUUGCCUACCGCACAAAGGGCAAAGUGGAUUCAGAAUCAGCUGCUGCAGCUGACGACGAUGAUGACGAAGAGGAAGAGGAGGAGGGUGACGAGGAGGAGGAAGAAGACGAGGAUGAGGAUGAUGAGUAGACUGCAUAGGGAUGGGACCUGAGGUUUUGUUUAUGCCAUAUAAUCCUAAUAUACUCAAUUCACCGUCUUGAAACAGAAGUCAGAUUGAACAAGAACAUGUGUAUAUUUAAUGUUUUUAAGAUGUACAGUGUUAUUCUCCUUUUUUUGUAAAGUUAACACUUCAUAUCUUAAGUUUCAGAUUUUCUAGUGGUAGUUCUUUAUCCCUGCCAUAUUAUGUAACAGUUUAGGAGGACUACAAAUCAGUAUGGAAGUAACUAGUCUUUAGGUGUUGCAACUCAAAAAUGAGAUUUCUGAGUUGGUAGUGUAUUUUCCUUAUUUUGAAAAAUAUUUUUUUAUGUGCUGUCCCAAUGUCUUUUUAUUGUUCUUUGAAUACCACUCUAAUAUCAAAUGCAGCUGUCGACAUUCAAGAAUGUCUUCAAUAAAGGUCGUUUUUGUUUGGUUUUUUUAAGAA